AUGCAGCUCAAGUCUCUUCGUGCUCUAUUCUUAGGUCUGGCAUUGGCCACGAGUGUCGGUGCCAAAGGACUUGGCCAGAAUGUUCACGACAUCAAACAAAUGGGGAGCCGUCAAGCUCAGGACAUUGUGACCUGGGAUGAUCAUAGUCUCUUCAUCAAUGGCGAGAGGUUGAUGGUGUUCAGCGGCGAAUUCCACCCGUUCCGACUGCCCGUCCAGUCCCUCUGGCUCGAUAUCCUCCAGAAGAUCAAGGCGUCUGGCUACAAUUGCGUCUCCAUCUACAUCAACUGGCAUCUCAUCGAGGCUGAGCGAGGCCAAAUUCGGAUGGAUGGCAUAUUUGAUCUCAACCCGUUCUUUGAGGCUGCGAAAAAGGCAGGCCUUUAUGUGCUACCUCGGCCAGGGCCGUACAUCAACGCCGAGGUCGCUGGCGGCGGGUUCCCAGGAUGGCUGACAAGAACGCGGGGGGCCCUUCGCACAUAUAACGAGGCCUUCUUCAACGCCACUGACCUAUACACCCGCGAGAUUGGAAAGGUCAUCGCCGCCCAUCAAAUUACCAACGGCGGUCCUGUCAUCCUUUUCCAGCCUGAGAAUGAGUACCAGAACACGAUUGACCAGGAACUCUACCCAAUGCCUGACUAUGACUACUGGAAACGCGUCCAAAAUCAGUACCGUGAUGCCGGUGUCAUUGUGCCGUACAUCAAUAACGAAGCGCACAUGAACGGCUACAUUACCGCCCACACGCCCGCUAGUGUAGAUAUUUAUGGCCACGAUUCUUAUCCCCUCGGCUUCGACUGCGAGAACCCGACUGUCUGGCCAGACGAUGGCCUUCCGACAGACUGGCUGGCGAUCAAUAAUGCCAUCGCCCCAGAUACACCUUACACGAUCCCGGAGUACCAAGGCGGAGGCUUCCAGCACUGGGGCGACGCUGGCUUUGAAAAUUGUGCCCUCCUCUUAAACAUGGAGUUUGAGCGCGUCCUCUACAAGAACAAUUACGCCGUUGGCGCCACGAUCUUCAAUAUUUACAUGACAUACGGCGGCACGAAUUGGGGUAACUUGGGCCACGCCGAAGGCUUCACGUCAUACGACUACGGCGCGCAAAUCACCGAAGAACGUCUGCUCUGGCGAGAGAAAUACAGCGAGGUCAAGCUGCAGGCCAAUUUCUUCCAUGUAUCGCCCGCGUUUCUGGAAGCAGAGAGGUUCAACUCGUCUCUAGAUUUCACGGAUAAUCCUGGUGUCACUGUUACGCCAGCCAGGACCAACACCACCAAGUUUUACAUUUCACGACACACGCAGUAUGGUACCGUCGACAGGGUACCGUAUAAACUAACGGUCGAGACAGCAGAACACGGGGAUCUUGUGAUUCCACAGCUCGGAGAUAGCCUGUAUCUGACGAGGCGCGAUUCCAAGAUCCACGUUAGCGACUAUCCAGUUGGCGACCAUACCUUGAUCUACUCGUCUGCUGAGGUAUUCACAUGGAAGAAGUACGAUGAAAAGACGGUGCUCGUGCUAUAUGGCGGACCCGACGAGCAUCACGAAAUUGCCAUCGAGGGCGCAGGCAGCGCUGACAGUGAGGUGCUUGAAGGCUCAGGUGUCAAGAUUGAAGAUGGAGAUGGCCAGACAAUUGUGGCCUGGGACGCGACGACUGACCGCAAACUCGUGCGCGUCCAUCAAAACUUCUACAUCUAUCUCGUGGUUCGCAACGAAGCCUACAACUUCUGGGUUCCCCCGACAGGGUCUGGCGGCGAUUAUGGUACUUCAGACGUCAUCGUCAAAGCAGGCUACCUUGUUCGCACAGCCAACGUUGACGCGUCGACCCUUGCACUCGUCGGCGACGUCAACGCCACAACUUCGAUCGAGAUUGUCGGCGGCGCUCCUGCCGGCCUGAAGACCCUGACCUGGAACGGCCAAGAGCUGUCAUUUGAACAGUCUUCACAUGGCGUAAUCACGGCCACGGUAGACUUCUCUCCGCCUGAGAUCAAGCUCCCAUGCUUCAGCCAGCUCAAAUGGAAGACGAUCGACUCGCUUCCUGAAAUCCAGCCUUCAUACGACGACUCCCUCUGGGCAGACGCCAACCUCACAACCUCUCCGAACGACAAAUUCCCCAUCAAGACGCCCGUCUCGCUCUACGCGAGCGACUACGGCUUCCACACUGGCUCCGUCAUCUACCGCGGCCACUUCACCGCCACAACCGCCGAGUCGACCCUCAACAUCACCCUCCAAGGCGGCCACGCCUUCGGCGCCUCCAUCUGGCUCGACGACCAGCACCUCGGCUCCUGGCCCGGCUCCCCCUCCGCCCCAAGCGGCACCCUCACCAUGGCCCUGCCCUCCCUGAAGCCCAACACGUCGCACGUGCUAACCGUGCUCAUCGACCUCAUGGGCCUCAACGGCAACUACGUCCUCGGCGAAGACAACCUCAAGACGCCGCGCGGCAUUCUCGCCUACUCCCUCUCAGGCCACGAGCCCGACGCCGUCAAGUGGAAGCUGACGGGCAACCUCGGCGGCGAGCGCUACGCAGACAAGAAGCGCGGCCCGCUGAACGAGGGGGGCCUGUUCGCCGAGCGGCAGGGCUACCAUCAGCCCUCGCCGCCUUCGUCGUCCUGGGCGGCCGGCGGGCCGACGUCUGGGCGCGCGGCGCCGGGCGUGUCGUUUUAUACGGCCGAGUUCGCGCUCGACCUGCCGCGCGGGUACGAUGUGCCGCUUGCUGUUCGGUUUGGCAUGAGCGGGGAGGGAAAUGGGGCGUACCGGGUGCAGCUCUUCGUCAACGGGUUCCAGUUUGGCAAGUUUGUGCCGCAUAUUGGGCCGCAGGCUAGGUUCCCUGUACCGGAGGGAAUACUGGACUAUCAUGGGACGAACACGGUGGGAAUUACGCUGUGGGCGAUGGAGGAGGGCGGCGCGAGGGUGGAGGGUAUGGCGUGGGAUGUGGCCAUGGUCACGGCGAGUGGGUUUGGAGACGUGGAGCUGACGGAAGCGCCGAUUUGGGAGAAAAGGGAGGGUGCGUAUUAG